ACGUCGAAAUCAAAGAUGAAGAAAAAAACAACUAAGACCCAAGAAGCCAAAAAAAUAUUGAAGAAGAAAUUUAAAGUUAACACAAAAAUAGUUUUUACCGAAGAAGGAGAGUUAGUGCAGCAGUGGCCACCUGUGCAGAAAUCCAAUUUGGCGCAAGGAGAUGAGGAAGAGGAUGCCAGUGGUAUCAACCUAGAUAAAGCGAAAGAAAUACUGCGUGAAGAAGACAAAUUUGACAAAGAAGAAUACAGGAAGAAAGUAAAGGAAAAACAUAGGGAGAAGAGGUUAAAAGAAAAAGCUGCAAGGAGAGAAGCCAGGAAUAAGAAUGCACAGGCUGAAGAGGAAACAGUGGCCUUUCUUGCUCACAGUGGAAGUGAAGAAGAGUUUGAUCCAAGCACUCUCCCAGAUCCUGAUAAAUACAAAGACUCUGAUGCAGAGCAGGAUUCAGAAAGUGAAGACAGCUAUAGUGAACUUGAGGAGAAGACUGGAAGAAAGAGGAGAAGCUAUAACAACAGUGUCACAGCAGAAGAAAUGCCACUGAAAAGAAGGAAGCAAUUCAGCCAAGAGGAGGACCCCUGUUUGCCAUUAGAUACUGGGCUUUCUCUGGCAGAGGAUGAAGAGCUUGUACUACAUCUGCUCAACAGUCACAACUAAUUAUUUUUCUGCAGGUUUUCUUUCCUGAGACAUUUCCACAAAUUUUGUCAGUAGUUUACACAAAAUGAAUUUGGCAUCUGGGCAGCUGGGUACCAGUGAAUGUAGAUAAAUGAGUUCCACAUGUAGUGGGAUUGCCUUAGAUUGGCUCAUAGGUUAUAGACAAUAUUUAGUUUGAUUUAUAAGGCUUUCUAAAUGAACUUUUCAACCUAAAUCCCCAGGUGUAAUUUUGCAGUAGCGUGUUCAUAAUUUUAAAUCUCCAAGUUUUGAAACAGUUACCUUAUUUUAUUUUCAUCUUGCUUAACUGAAAACAGGAUGUUCCUUUUGUGACUAUGCCAGGUUUGUUAUUUUGGAAGAUAUAUGUGUACUAAAAUUUUUAAGGGAGAAAUACCGUUGGCAGCUGAGAUCAUAUUACUUAAAAAUAAAGUAUAUACUUUCUUCUGUGUAUAAUGCACAUAUUUUAAGAAUAUUUUAAUAAAAAUUUCUAGAGCCUUGGUGUAAACUUAA